AUGGCUCCGUAUCGGUCUGGCCUGGAUAUGCCCGAUACCAACGGCACAAAUGGGGUCACCCCGCAGAACAUGGCGUCUAUCACGGCCAAGGACGCCCUCGAACCAAUUGCGAUUAUUGGAAUUGGCGGAAGAUUUCCCGGCGAAGCUACGAACCCUGAGAAACUGUGGGAUCUGCUCUGCAAGGGCCAAAGUCCCAUGAGCGAAGUACCCAAGGACCGGUUCAAUAUCGAUGCAUUCUACCAUCCGCAUGCGGAACGACAGGGGACCAUGAACGUCCGAGGAGGCCAUUACAUGCAGGAGGACGUUGCCUGUUUCGAUGCGCCUUUCUUCUCCAUCACCCCGCAGGAGGCCAAUGCGAUGGACCCGCAGCAAAGACUCGCUCUGGAAGUGGCCUACGAAAGUUUGGAAAACGCCGGUCUGCGCAUCGAGGACGUUGCCGGUUCAUCCAUGGCCUGCUUCAUGGCCUCGUUUAGCAGGGACUAUGCAGGUCUUCGCUCGCAUGAUGCUGAGGAUUUUCCAAAGUACGAGGGCACUGGAAACGGUGCAGCUCUGUUAUCCAACCGUAUUUCAUGGUUCUUCGACCUCAAAGGACCCAGUCUCAGUCUCGACACGGCCUGUUCCUCCUCCCUUGUUGCGCUGCACCUGGCAUGCCAAAGUCUUCGAAGUKGUGAAUCCAAAACGGCCCUGGUCGGUGGCACCAACCUUCUCCUCAUGCCGGAGAUGCAAAUUGCAAUGACAUCGCUGCAUUUCCUCAGUCCCGACAGCAAGUGCCAGGCCUUCGAUCACAAAGCCAAUGGAUACUCGCGCGGGGAAGGUGCCGCUGUCAUCACUCUGAAGCCUCUGGCCGAUGCGCUCCGAGAUAAUAACGUCAUCCGGGCUGUGAUUCGAGGAACUGGAGUGAAUCAGGAUGGCAAAACCCCAGGCAUUACCUUGCCAUCCGCGGAAGCACAGGAGGAAUUGAUCAGGACCACCUAUCAGUCUGCAGGUCUUGACUUUUCCGAGACAAGCUAUUUCGAGGCGCAUGGAACAGGCACACCCGCCGGUGAUCCACUGGAAGCGUCCGCAAUUGGAGCUACCUUUGGAGCCUCCAGAUCUAAGGAUAACCCAAUUUCAAUCGGUUCGAUCAAGACUAAUAUCGGUCACAUGGAGGGCGCGAGUGGUUUGGCUGGCUUGAUCAAGAGCGUGUACGCACUUGAAAAGGGAGUUAUUCCACCUAAUCUGUGGUUUGAGAAGCCCAACCCUCGCAUUCCAAUGACCGAGUGGAACAUAACUGUUCCCACCAAAUUGACCUCUUGGCCAACGCAAGGCCUCCGUCGUGCAAGUGUCAACUCGUUUGGCUAUGGUGGUACUAAUGCACACUGCAUCCUGGAUGACGCCUACAACUAUCUCACGAGCCGUGGGCUGAAAGGUGCCCACAGAACCGUCACCGACAGUCGGAUUGAGGACCUCGAGCCCCUCUUCGAUUUGCUCUCCACUUCAAGCCAAGAUAGCACCUGGUCGAAAGUGGAUGGGAAUGAGAGAGACCGAACGAGCUAUAGCACCACUCCAUUGGAGAUCCCAAAGACCGCACCUGCACCAAAGCUGCUCUACUGGUCUUCCCACGAACAGAGCGGGGUCGAGAGAACCUCCAAGGCGCUGUUGAAAUACCUGCUUGAUAAGACGCGCGGUACACUGCCGGAACGUUUCCUGGAUAGCCUGGUGUAUACUUUGUCCGAGUGUCGCAGCAGGCUGUCUUGGAAAACAUAUGCGGUGGCGUCCACGGUAGAAGAACUUAUUUCAAUCCUGGAGCAGGGCGUCCCCAAGCCCCUGAGAGCAUCGCAGGUGCCUUCGCUUGGAUUUAUCUUUACUGGGCAGGGGGCCCAGUGGUACGCCAUGGGGAGGGAGCUUCUUUGCUACGCUACCUUCCGCCAGAGUUUGGAGGCUGCCACGGCAUACCUGGAAGGCGAGGGAUGCACGUGGAAUCUAUUCCUGGAGUUCGUGCGUGACAAGGACACGUCUUGCAUCAACAAAGCGGCCAUCAGUCAGGCCACAUGUACAGCGCUCCAAGUUGCCCUGGUUGAUCUACUCGCAGAAUGGAACAUCCGUCCCACGGCGGUCAUUGGUCAUUCGAGCGGAGAAAUCGCUGCCGCCUAUGCAAAAGGCGCCAUCAGUAGAGAGGAUGCGUGGAAAAUCGCCUACCAUCGCGGUCGUCUCUCCAACACCAUCCGCCGGGAUGGGGCUAUGAUGGCUGUUGGACUCGGCGAAGCUGCUGUCCAGCCGUACCUUGAUACGAUAACUGACGGGGAGGUGGUGGUCGCCUGCAUCAACAGCCCCUCGAAUGUCACCUUAUCCGGUGACUCGGCAGCCAUCGCUCAAGUUCAGGAAAUGCUCGAGGCUUCCAAGGUGUUUACCCGAAGACUGAACGUGAAGACGGCAUAUCACUCGCCACAUAUCAAGGCGAUCGCAGAAGAAUAUCGCCGUGCGCUCCAGGAUAUCGGGACUAUGAAAGCAGGCGAUUCAGGAGCCGCGAUGUUCUCCUCCGUCACUGGUAAGCUGGUCGACGCAGACGAGCUUGGACCUGACUACUGGGUGGACAACAUGAUCAGUCCAGUCAACUUCCUGCAGGCCGUAUCAACCGCCGUGUUGUAUUCCGCACGCAAGAGACGCACGGCACGCAAAGAGGCCUUCAUCAACGUCUUGUUAGAGGUGGGCCCGCAUGCCGCGUUGCACGGUCCGAUCAAACAGAUCCUGCAGCACGAGAAGACCAAGACCCCGAUUCCCUACGUCUCUGUGCUCUCGCGGGGGAAUGACGCCACAAGGACCGCCCUCGAAGCACUGGGCAAGCUCAACCAACACGGAUAUCCGGUGGAUCUGACCAUGGCCAACAAGCCAGGAAAGAGAGCCACUCCGCCAGUGCCCCUGACGGAUCUUCCCCCGUUUGCCUGGAAUCACACGCAACGCUACUGGUACGAAUCCCCCAUCUCGGCUGCAUACCGCCAGCGCAAGCUUCCUCGCCACGAUCUACUGGGUGCCCUGAGCGAGCAUUGCAGUGACUUGGAGCCGUCUUGGCGAAACUAUCUCCAAGUGGCCGAGAUACCCUGGAUCGAGCACCACAAGGUCCAAUCCUCAAUCUUGUACCCGUUGUCGGGAAUGGUGGUCAUGGCCAUCGAAGGCAUCCGGCAGAUCUCCGACAAGAGCAAGGAAAUCGAAGGCUUCCAGCUGCGCGAUGUGUCCGUGGGAACCGCCAUGAUGGUGCCGGCGGAUGAGCCACUUGAAACCAAGCUCCAAUUCCGGCCCUGGCGGAUGGGAUCGCGGCUCCCAGAUGCCUACUGGAGGGAAUUCACAAUCUCAUGCCGCACUCGUCAGGGGGUUUGGUCCCAGCAUUGCUCGGGCCUCAUCUCCGUCAAGUAUAAAAAGGCGGCAAAUACCACCUUUACAGAUGAGGAACUGGAAGCGAAGAACCGCCAACGGGCCGAGUAUCACAGACUAGCCAACGCGGGAUUCAAGCCCGAUGACCCGCGGCAAUUCUAUGCGGCCAUGGCCGAACUCGGUCUCCAAUGGGGCCCUUCAUUCACGACGCUCGUCCAUAUCAGCUCCGGGGACUACGAGGCCCACUGUAUGCUGGAGGUCCCCGACACGAAGAAAUACAUGCCUGAGAACUUUGAAUACCCGCAUGUGAUUCAUCCAGCCUGCUUGGAUGGGUUCCUGCAAAUGGUGGUCCCGGCCUCAACACCUACCGGAGUGCAAUCAGACCGGGCCAAAGUCCCCAGGUUCAUCGAGAGCUUGUACAUCUCCGCCAAGGUUCCUAAUGCCCCCGGCACUCGGUUCUACGGCUACUCCAAGUUGAAGCCAUACGGGUUUAACGAGUCCAUUGCUAUGGUUGCCGCCUCGACCAGCGAGUGGGAGGAGCCAUUCAUUGUGAUCGAGGGCUUUCGAAGCAUCUCGUUGGAGCCGAUGACAGAGAGUUUGGCGGCUGAAACCAUCACGAAGUCCCUGCGGAAGCUGGGUGCACAUCCGACCUGGGAUAUCGAUCUCGAGCAUCUGCCGCUGGAUCGCGCAGUCGAGUUUCUCGGGCGUUACGGGCAGGAGGUGCCCGACGCCGACUCGGAGGUAAUCCAGACUCUUGAGCUGGCGUCUUUCAUUCUCUGCAAGCGUGUUCUGCGGCAGUUUGGACCUCAUGACAGUCAGGCGUUUGCACACCACCAUCGCCUUUUCUACGAGUACAUGCAGCAUCAAUAUGAUCUGGCCACGCAGAGUAAGCUGAACUGCCAACGGAGCAUACCGAACGUGGAUUGGCUCAACACAACCGACUCGUUUGAGGAGGAAGUUCUUUCUCGAGCAGCUGCGUCGACUGUCGAUGGAAAGCUCAUGUGCCGCCUUGGGGCGGACUACGACAAGAUUCUUCGAGGCGAGCUGCAGCCACUGCAGCUCAUGCGGGACGAUGACUUGCUCACCCAAUACUACCGCAACGCACUUGGUGUGAACAAGUGUACUCCCAUCAUCGCCAAAUAUGUCCAGCUGCUGUCCCAUAAGAAAGACCUCAAGAUUCUUGAAGUGGGAGCGGGCACAGGAGGCACCACCUCGGUGGUUCUGGAGGCGCUGGGGAACCGUCACGAUACCUCGAUGCGUCUCCACUCCUACACAUUUACUGACAUCAGCAGUGGCUUCUUUGAGAAGGCGUCGGAGGAGUUUGCACCCUGGGCGCCGUUCCUGCAGUACAAAGUCCUCAAUAUCGAGAAGGACCCCGGUGCGCAGGGGAUGCCCAUGGGUCACUAUGAUCUAGUCAUUGCCAACAACGUGCUGCAUGCGACGUCUUCCAUCAGUACCUGCUUGAAGAACUGUAGGAAUAUGCUCAAGCCAGGAGGAGUUUUGCUUCUGGGCGAGCUCACUUCCACCUUGGCUCGGAUCCCGAUGAUCUUCGGUACUCUACCAGGGUGGUGGAUGGGAGAGAAUGACAGCCGCAAGUACGGGCCAAGACUAUCGGAAAAGGAAUGGGAGGUAGCACUCAGACAAGCCGGAUUCAGCGGACUAGACAUGUGUUUCCGGGACCACCAGGUUGAAGAGCAAUACUCCAUCUCUCUCAUGCUUUCAUCCACUCUUCCAGAGACACCAGCAUCAGGGCUCCCCGAGAGGGCCGUUCUUGUCACGCCUGCUCAACCUAGCCUAUCCGUCACGAAUCUCUGUUCCAAGCUAAUUGAAGCAUUUGUCGCGAAAGGCACACAAGCGGAACUAAUCUCCAUGGAGGAGCUGGACCAUCAGGAGCUCGCAGGGAAGACCUGUAUCACGUUCUUGGAAGCAGACUCUCUGCUAUUGUAUCAGGCCAGCCAGGACGAAUUCGAAGCCGUUAAACGCUUGAUCCUCCAGUCUGAAUCCACAUUGUGGCUCACACGAGGAGCGGCCAUAGAGAGCUCUACGCCCGAGGGUAAUGUCAUUGCUGGUCUUGGUCGCACCAUCAGAGGCGAGAUCCCGCAUAUGCAGCUCACCACACUGGAUCUGGAUCCCGCAAUCGGCAUCGACGAUCCAGCCACAGUGCUCGCCAUCAAUAGUGUGCUGCAGUCAGGCGUGGAGGCAAAGAACGUCGAGCACCCUGACUGGGAAUAUGCUCUCCGGGAUGGACUGAUUCACACGGUCCGUCUGGACCCCGAUGCACCCGUCAACGAGAUGCUUUCCUCCAUCACCGAAACGCCAGACGCAGUGCCUAUGUCCUUCAAACAGCCUGGUCGGCCCCUGGCAUUGGCUAUCAAAAGCCCCGGUAUGCUGGACACGUUCCAGUUCGUGAACGACGAGGAAUACUCCCAGCCGUUGAACCACGCCCAAGUGGAGAUUGCGGUCAAAGCCGUGGGAAUGAACUUCCACGAUGUCAUGAUCGCUAUGGGCCAGAUUGCCGACACCGAUCUGGGCGUCGAGUGCAGCGGUGUAGUGACGCGCGUGGGAUCCGGAGUGAGCAAAUACAAGGUCGGAGAUCGACUGAUCACCUUCCGCCUGGGAUGCUUCCGUAACUUCCUGCGCAACCCCGAGGAAAUGUUCCAAAAGAUCCCCGAUGACAUGUCCUUUGAAGAUGCAGCGUCCAUCCCAUGCAUCUACGGCACGGUCUACUACUCCCUCUUUGACGUGGCCCAUCUGCAGAAAGGGGAGUCUGUUCUGAUUCAUGCUGCGGCUGGAGGUCUUGGACAAGCGGCCAUCAUCCUCUGUCAGUAUAUUGGAGCCGAGAUCUUCGUCACCGUCUCCUCCGAGACGAAGAAGCGAUUCCUCAUGGAGGAAUACGGAAUCGCGGAGGACCAUAUCUUCAACAGUCGCGACCUCAGCUUUGCGCAGGGUAUCAAGCGCAUGACCAACGGUAACGGCGUGGACGUCGUUCUCAACUCUCUGGCAGGCGAGGCUCUUCGUCAGUCCUGGCUUGCCGUUGCACCCUUUGGUCGGUUUAUCGAGCUGGGCAAGAAGGAUAUCGUUGGCAAUACCGGAAUUGACAUGGCGCCGUUCAUGAACAACAUCCGUUUCUGCGGUGUGAACAUGCUCAGUAUCUGCCGCGACAAUAUCCCCCUGUUUGGCCGCAUCAUCGCGGACAUGAUGAGGAUGGUAUCCGAAGGCAUCAUCCAUCCGGUCAAGCCCCUCAAGGUCUUCAAUUUCUCCCAGAUUGAAGAAGUCUUCCGCAUAAUGCAGACGGGUAAACACAUCGGGAAGAUGAUCCUGCAGGCAAACGAUGACGAUCUCGUUCCGGUUGUCCCUCAGAAGGCUCGCCCCGCCGAGCUUGUCGCCGACGCAACCUACCUAAUCCCCGGUGGGCUCGGUGGACUUGGACGUUCUCUCGCCCAGCGGAUGGCGAACCAAGGCGCCCGCAACCUCAUCUUCACAUCUCGGUCCGGCGACAAGCGGCCUGAAGCCAAGAAGCUUCUCACCAAUCUGCGUGCCCAAGGCGUGCACGUCAAGGCCUAUGCCUGCGACAUCAGUGACGCAAGUCAACUGGAUGCCGUGCUGCAGGAAGCUGCCAUCGAGUUUCCUCCCAUCAGAGGUGUUGUUACAUGCGCGAUGCACCUGCAGGAUGUGUUCUUCGAGAAUAUGACAGUCGAGGACUACCAUGCGGCAAUCCGCCCCAAAGUGCAAGCCACGCGCAACCUGCACGAUCUGCUUCCCAAAGACCUGGAUUUCUUCAUCUGUCUCUCGUCCGUGGGCGGCAUUGUCGGCUCUCGCGGUCAGGGCAACUACAAUGCCGGCAACACCUACCAGGAUGCCAUCUGCCACCAUCGACGCGCGCUGGGUCUCAAUGCCACGUCAAUCAACUUGGGCGUUGUCCUCGGGGUGGGGUCCGCGGCCGAACGAGGCGAGAUUCUCUCGUAUCUCAAAACAGGUGCCAUGAUCGGUGUGCGCGAGCAGGAAGUGCUCGCCCUCAUUGAGGCGGCCAUGAACAAUUCCACCCCUGCGCAAGUCGUCGCGGGUUUGGCCACGGGAGGUUUACUGAACCAGAACGGCCAUGACGAGCCGUACUGGUUCAGUGACGGGCGCUUCUCGCACAUGCGGAUCUUCGACACGCAGGAGUUCACGGUCAGCUCCCAGGACGCGGGCCAGGGCCUACACGAGAGUCUGGCUGCCGCGCAGACGAUGGAAGAGGCGUCGGAUAUUGUUUGUCGCGCGCUCAUGCAGAAACUGGCCAAGGCAAUGAUGAUGGAGCUGGAGGAUCUCAACGCCAGUCAACCGGCCAACAGCUACGGCGUGGACAGUUUGGUAGCGGUGGAGGUUCGUGCAUGGGUGUUCAAGGAAGCCAAAUCCGACGUCAGCGUGUUUGAUAUUCUGAGCAAUGAUCCUCUGACUGCGUUGGCCGCCAAAAUCGCCGCCAAGAGCUCGCUCUUGAGUCCUAUGGUGCAGAGGGAGGUGGAGUAA